AAUUCUUGCAUUCCCACAAUCACUCAUCACCUGUUCCUCUCUCUCUCUCUCUCUAAGAAACUCUUGCGUUUCUCUGUCUAAAAGACUUGUUCUUUUCUUUCGCUUUACAUUUCCAUUCUCCCACAAUGCCUCAAGUCGAUCUUGAAACGCUGGUCACGGCCUGCGCCGGCGGAGGUACCGACCGCAAAAUUGCCUGUGAAACACUCGCCGACGACGACCCACGAAAAAAUGAUGUCGUCCCCGACGAAGGGGAGACCCCUGAAGUGCAGCCGGACUUCCCGCCGGAAUCUUUCUGGCUAUCCAAGGACGCAGAAUACGACUGGUUCGACCGGAACGCCUUUUACGAGAGGAAAGAAUCCACCAAAGGCAACUCAAACUCCACGAGCUUGAACUCGCAUGUAAACCCUAGUUCUAACUCCAAUUCCCAGCGUCUCGCCGUCAACUUAAAGUCGAAGGCGUCCAUCAUCGGACUGCCCAAGACCCAGAAAACCACCUUUGUGGAUUCUAAACGGAGGACAUGUAAACCACCCAACAUAAGGCUGUUUCCGAAACGGCCAGAAUCAGUCGGAAAGUCGACGGCUCCUGUCGCCGAACCGGGCUCUCCGAAGGUCUCUUGCAUGGGGAGAGUUAGAUCUAAAAGAGGCCGGCGGAGGUCGAACUCGGUUAAAAGGAGAGAAAAACCAGCACUGGAGAAAUCCAGCAGUCGUAGUGAGAAGCAUAAGACCGGAUUUUGUGCAAAGGUGAUGAGCAUGUUCCGGUCCAAAAAAGUUCAGAAGAAACCCGCCCGAUCAGGGAGUAGGAAAGUGGCGGAGGUCCAGAUCAUGGAGGAGCCGAUGGUAGUUGAACCGCAGCGGAAGAGUGUGAGUAUGAGACCGCGAGGAAUUCCAGUCAGCGCCGAGCCGGGGGCUGAACCUCCCAGCUUGGGAGGGAUGAAACGAUUCGCCUCGGGACGGCGGUCGGGAUCGUGGGCCUCGGAGGAUUUCAACCAGGUGGUUUCGGGGGAGUUGGAUCGGCGCCUGGGUGGAAGUUGAAAGCAGGAAAGUCUUGGCUGGUGGUUGUUGUCGGAUGACGUGGCGCGUUGAAUAACUGUUUUCAAACACGGCAGGUUUUUACAGUUACCUUCUUUAUUUUCCAUAUUUAUUCAUUUUUCCUCUAUAUAUUUAAAUUGUGCUAUUAUAUGAAUUUUGACUUGAUACAGAUCAUAGUGUAAAUACAGUUGUUUUUGGAGUGGCAAAUUUGUAAAAUUCUCAGCUGAAUAUUCUAUCCUCUUGUACAAUGCAAAUCAUCACUGGAUUUUAUGUGAUUCCUUCUAUAUUUCCUUUAAAUUAAU